GCCACAGUGCGUACGUCGGUUGCGCUGCCUGGUUCGUAGGGCACUUUGUGUAUGUGAAACGAAAUUCGACGGGCUUCAUUUACGUUACGCUGUCAUCGUCUAAACAACAAAGUUGUACGCGAACGCGCUAAAAUGCUGCUGGCUGCGCUAGCCGCCCUAACUGAACUACGUCGCCGCUUCGAUUCGAGUCCAUUGCCCAUGAAGUUGCUGCGUGCAUUGCCCUAAGCACGGAAGUGUGUUGUCCUGGCAACCCGGCGCCAGUCCCAUUGAGCUGAAUGCUGCUGCGGCGGAAAUCACAAACUAAACAAAUGUGAACUAAAUGCGUAGACAUUUAUUUUUUCGAUAAUAACACACACAUCGACACACACACACACAUACAACAGACACAAAUAAACGUACACACACAUACAUGCACAGACAGAACAAACUGUGAUACCCUAUAUUUGAAGCUGGCCAUUUGAAGCGAACGCAACAAGAUACCCCCUAGAGUACAAACCUCAAAUACAUCCAAUAGAAGAGCUCAGCAAAGGUCACAAUGGAUUUUGAUCAAAUUCUUGCCAAAUGCGGCGACUUCAAUCGCUAUCAGUUUAUGAUACUCGCACUCUUUGGCUUUAUCAACAUCAUCGUAUCGAUGCAUUAUUUCACACAAACUGUGAUUAGUUUCGUGCCGGAUCAUUGGUGCUAUCAUGAAAAGCUAGUUAACAUGACAUAUAAGGAAAUCGCCGACAUCUAUUCCAAAUUCGAGAGUCCUUCGUGCACUCGCCUCGCCGACAUCGACGGCGGCAAUGUCACUGUCAGCUCGGAGAAAUGCGAGAAAUGGAUAUACAACUAUGACUUUGGCUAUAGAAGCAUGAAUACCGAGCUGAACUGGGUCUGUGACUCAGCGUAUAAGGCGCGCAUCGGACAAUCGUUGUUCUUCAUUGGGUCUGUUGUCGGCACGCUGUUCUACGGCCUGUUGUCUGAUAAAAUUGGACGUGUGCCAGCAUUGAUAUUGUCGAAUUUCUGCGGCUUCGCUGGCGAUUUCUCUACCAUCUUCACCAAGAGCGUGGCCACAUUUACGCUCUGCCGUUUCAUAUCGGGUCUGGCGGCCGAUACCAACUUUUAUCUCAUGUAUAUCAUCGUUCUCGAAUAUAUACGGCCCAGCAUGCGCACAUUGGGUCUGAAUAUGGCUGUGGGUCUUUUCUACUGCCUGGGCCUGGUGUUUACGCCUUGGCUGGCUGUUUUGGCCGGGCACUGGCAGAUCUACUUGGCGUGCACAUCGCUGCCCAUACUGCUGGUGGUGCUAUACUAUUUUGUGGUGCAGGAGAGCGCUCAGUGGCUUGUGACGCGCAAUGACAUCGAUGGGGCCAUAGUGCGGCUAAAGCGCGUUGCCAGAUUCAAUGGCCGCCACGUGACACAGGCGGAAUUCGAUGAAUUUAGACGCCACUGUCAAAUGACCCGCGAGAUGCAGGGCGGCGAUGACAAGAAGCAUGCGACGCUGUUGGACAUGUUUAGGACGCCACGCAUGCGCAAGAACACGUUGAUUCUAUUCUUCAAAUCAAUGGUUAUUACAUUAUGCUACGAUGCCGUGUCGCGUAAUGUGGAAGGAAUGGGCAUCUCGCCCUUCAUAAUGUUUUCGCUAAGCGCUCUGGCGGUGCUACCCUCAAGUAUUUUGCUGGUCUUGCUGCAGGAUCGUAUUGGACGCAAAGGCAUGGCAUCGGGCUCGCUGCUGGUCGGUGGCUUGUUCACGGCUGCCGCUGGCAUCGCUAUUGCCUAUCAGCAACACAAUCACAAUGCCAUUCUGUUGGCCUGUUUGACAAUCGCAGCGCGUUUCGGCGUAGCCAUUUCGUAUGAGUCGGGAUCACAGUAUGCGACAGAACUGAUACCCACGUGUGUGCGCGGUCAGGGAGUGGCUGCGGUGCAUGUGGCCGGCUUUGCGGCUUCCUUCUUGGCGCCCUACAUCCUAUGGCUGGGCACGUUCUUUAAGGCAGCACCCUCGAUCAUAUUGGGCGUGCUCUUCUUUGCUGGCUCCUUUGUAUGCCUGCUUCUGCCAGAGACUCUCAAUCGGAGCCUGCCCACUACUAUUGAGGAGGGUGAGGUGUUUGGCAAGGGCGAACGCAUGUUCGACUUCCCCUGCCUACAUCAUCACGACGACGAUGACUCCGACUCUGAGAUGGAAAAGUACAAACGCAAGCAUUCGCUCAUCGAUGCCAAGCAGCAGGUAGAGUCCGGUCAAUAUAAUAAGCGCAAACAGUCGCUGAUCGAUGCCGAUCGCGAGGAGCAGGCCCUAAAGGAUGCAAAGCACUGAGCCAAUCCGUAAUGCCUAUGACUAGCUUGUAGUUUAGUUAAACAAUUUUCUAUUGGCCCAUUAGUAAGCACUACUUAACGCUAUCAAUCAAACAACUACAAUAACAAUAGUCCUAAGUAGACAGCUGAUCUAUGAAAUACUGUAUUUCAAUUGUAGCUUCUUCAACUUAACAGUGCCGCAGCUAUCAUAAAAGAAAAAAAGAGAAUACAAAUCUAAAGCAGUGCUUAGUUAGCUGUAUGAAUACCUCAUAAAUAACUAUUCAAAGAUUACUUAAAAACCACAAUCUGUGUGCUCAGUAUCAAGACAACAUUUUCGAUACAUAUUUCUUUCACAUACA